GCAAUCACGUGUCAAAUACCGGUACGGGUCAAAUGUGAAAUUCGGUUCAUACAUAUGUACAUUUCAUUUUUCAUUUUAUUCUUAUCAUUUUAACUAUUAUAAUUUCUUAGUCAUUGGUUUUUCUGAAAACUAACCACCACAAUCACAUGUUGACAUAAUGAAAUAAUUAUAUAUAUUUGUUGUAAUUAAUGUAAUAUUUGGAUAAUAUGUGACAUUUAUUAGUAUCAUAACGUGUUUAAAAUCAGUCAUUCGAAAUAUUUUUCUUCUCUAGUGCUUUAAUUAAAUAGGAAUGGUUCAAAGUAAAGAGAUUUAAUUUAAUUUUUGGGUAUACAUCUAGAAUUAGAUCAUUAAUCUGUUGUCAAUUAUGAGAUCUGUUGUUAAUGUCUAAAAAAAAAAAAAACAAAAAAACGAAUACAUUUCAAUACAGUGUAUUACAUUCACUAAUAAUAACUACCAGUUAGACGUACCCAUUUAUUUCAUGACAAAUAGUCAUAAUGGCGUUUGGUAUUGUUGAUUAUAUUGUAUUUGGAAUUAUGUUGAUGUUAUCCACCUUCAUUGGUAUUUACUAUCGAUUUACAGGUGGUAAACAAAAAACGACUCAGGAAUACAUGCUAGGUAAUAAGAAUCAAGGUUUUUUACCUGUAUCGUUUUCUUUGAUGGCUAGUUUUAUGUCAGCUAUUACAUUAUUUGGCGUAAGUGCGGAAAUGUAUUCUUAUGGUACACUAUUUGUUGUCAUUAAUGUAUCUUAUAUCUUGGGAACACCAAUAAUUGCAUAUGUAUUUUUACCAGUUUUCUUUAAACUUGGAAAUUUAUCUGUUUAUGAAUAUUUAGAAAAACGAUUUGGUCGUUUAACUAGAACUUUUACAUCCUUGGCAUUUAGUGUACAAAUGAUACUUUAUAUGUCAGUAGUUUUAUAUACUCCUUCAAUAGCUCUUGAAGCUGUGACUGGAUUGUCAUUAAUAUCUUCUAUUACACUAGUUGGUUUAGUGUGUGUAUUCUACUCAACUAUUGGAGGAAUUAAAGCAGUUAUUAUUACAGAUGUAUUUCAAUCAUUACUUAUGUUUGCUUCAAUAUAUGUCGUAAUUGGUGUUGCUAUGUAUGAUACUGGUGGAAUAUUAGAAAUUUGGAGAAUUGCUGAUAAAUAUGGCCGAAUUCAAUUUAAUAAUUUUAAUAUAGAUCCAACAGAAAGACAUAGUUGGUUUAGCUUAGUAAUUGGAGGUAUGUUUACCUAUGUUUCUUUAUAUGCUAUCAAUCAAACUCAAGUGCAAAGGUAUUUAACUAUGAAAGAUUACAGAACAGCAGUAAAAUCUUUAUGGUGUAGCUUACCAUUAUUGUCAUUGUUAUCUAUUUCAACAUGUUUCUCUGGGUUGGCAAUGUUUUCCAAGUAUUAUAACUGCGAUCCAAUUAAGUCUGGUCGUAUAUCAAGAGCAGAUCAAUUGAUGCCGUUUUAUGUACUGGAUACUAUGGGAAAUAUUCCUGGAUUGACUGGUUUAUUUGUAGCUGGUAUAUUUUCAUCUGCAUUAAGUUCUGUAUCGCCAGCACUUAAUUCUUUAGCUGCAGUUACAAUGGAAGAUUAUGUCAAGCCUUUAAUGAAACAAGACAUUACUGAUAAAAAACUAGUUUUUUUUAUGAAAAUUUUAGUCCUUAUAUAUGGUGCAAUAUGUUUAUUAUUAGCAUUUUUGGCUCAAUAUUUUGAUUCUGUACUACAAACUUCUCUUACUAUAUUUGGAAUUAUUGGUGGACCUGUAUUAGCAGUAUUUACUCUUGGAGUGCUUUUACCACACGUCAAUCAAAAAGGUUCUUUAAUUGGUCUUGUUAUUGGAUUGAUAUUUUCAUUUACACUUGGACUAGGUGGACCUAAACCUCCAAUUAAAAAUUUACCAACUUUUACAGAUGGAUGUUCAGUGUUGAUUAAUAAAACUAUACCAAAUGUUGAACAGGGUGUUAAAUUAUUUGAAGGGUUACAAAAUGACAGCAACUAUUUGUAUUUAUAUCGUAUUAGUUACAUGUACUAUAUAGUUCUUGGAUUUAUAGUUACAUUUAUAGUUGCACUUAUUAUUAGUGCAGUUUUCAAAGAAUCUUAUUGUAAUAAUCCAGAUCUAUUCACCCCAUUUGUCGCGAAACGAUUAAGAAAACAUGGAUUAUUACUAAAAAUAAAGUCUACCAAAAUGGAACAAAGGACUUAUGUUGAAGAUAAUAAUCAUUUAUGCAGUUAAGAUAAUUAUAAACAUUGUUUAUAGUAGCAUGUUUUGAUAUAGAAUUAAUUUUA